GGCACGGAGGAAGGAAGCCAGAGUGUGUUUGAGGAUGACUUGUUGCUGGGCCCCAAUCCAGCUGAGGCGAGAAGUUUUGUUUUCUCCUCUUUCCUCAACGAAGCCGCAACAGCAACCCUCCCCUUCAAGGAGAAGGAGGAGGGCCGCGAGCCUGACACUCACAGCCACGGCCACCGUGCUCGCAUUGUCUGCCUGCAUAUCGACCUCUUUUACUUCGGCAAGCAGCCGAUGUGGGACGAUGGGCGUGCGAGUCCUUUGCCGCGUAACGACGACGAUAGCAAAAGAAAGACAAUAGCGCCUACCAGUAGAGCACGCAGCGGAUUGGAUGGGGUGGGGCUGACAAGAGAGAAAGCUUUGUUGGGGGCCGUCGGUGGGAGUCUGGGCGUAUGGGGAAUUUUCACAGCCGCCGUGAACCUGCAGAAAGCCGAGGAAGCUAGCGUGGGCUCCCGCUCCUUUGUCUGGAAGCAGCCGUCGACGCUGAAGGAGGAGGGGGGCGGUUUGAGCGGACCGGGCCUGAGCCUGACUCCCCAGGGGCUCUUCCCCCUCGCCUUCGUCACCUACCUAGCCCGUUUCCUCCUAAAUUUCGACUCUUCCGUAUCCUCAUGGUGGGACUCCGAGGUGGUCCCCGCUGUCCCUUCCAGCUACAGUAAAGGUUCGGGUGGAGAGACGCUGCCUGGUCGUGGAGGCGGGCUCUCUCCUACAUGCCCUGAUCGAUUUCUCCUUCCUCCCUCCCUCCCUCCCUCCCCCCCUCCCCUUUCCCCCCAUCGGCCUCUUCACCCAGGCUCAUCGGCUCGACAACGCUUUCUCAUGUCUCGCUUCGGGGAGCUCUCGACCACAGUGGAGCUGGGCUUGGGCCCCUUCGCCUCCAAGGGCAAGGAGGGCGUCCUCACCUUCUGCCAACGUCUCGUCGACCGUUACAUCGGCCCCGAGAGCGAAGCCUACCCCCGCGGCACUCCCGAGGGCCGACGCAUCCGCGAGCAACUGGCGCUCCUCUUCUCCCUCCUUCCCCCCACUGCGCAGCCCACAGCCCUCAUCAACGAGCUGCUAGCCUCCCUUCCUCCGCCCAGUGGCACGUCCCGCAUCUUCCAAGUCGAAAGCCUGGGCGCGGGCCAGAGCAAGGUCCUGAUGGAUCAGACCGUCCGUGGGAUGGGCCAAGACCCCUUGAUGCUCCUCCCCGCCCGCAACAUGGUGCCUUUCGCGGUGGGGGACUCGACCAAAGAGGCGAGGGGCGAGCAAGGGCUCUACUACAGGGUCCCAGGCCUCCAGUCGGUCCUAGAGGGCGCCUACUACGGGAAGGGCAGCGGGGACGGCGCGGAUCCUGGAGACGGAGCCUCUCCAGGGGAGCACGUCGAGGGCGCAAACGUCGCGCCUUUCCCCUCCUCCGCCAUCCCCAUCUCCCCCUUCGGGCCCAUCGCGGCUCGGCCCAUCAUGAAAGAGCGCAGUCUGGAUCUGAAUACCUACCUGCUCUUCGCCCUUGCCGGGGCCGUGGGCUGUGCGGGCACCCACUCCCUUGUCGUCCCCAUCGACGUUGUCAAAACCAGGGCUCAGACCAGCGGGGGCGGGACCUCCAUCCUGGAGGGCGUGCAGACCCUGGCCCGCGAGGAGGGCCUGGCUGGACUCACGCGCGGGAUCGAGCCCACGCUCCUGGGGUAUUUGUUCUACGGCGUGACGGUCUACCCUGGCUACGAGUUCUUCAAGCGGGCCCUGAAUAGCGCGGGUGAGGAUAGGAGUGGGCUUGAGCAAGGCAGAUGUGUUUUCGGGUGGGAGGGUCCUGGAGGCGUGGGCCCAGCGGCCGCCACGCAGUUCCACGCUCCUCUUGUCAUCCUCGCGGGCGCUUUGGCCACCGUCAUCGCCUGUCUAGGGGUCUGUCCCGCCGAGGCGCUGCGCAUUCGGAUGGUGGCCAACGCCGAGUCCUUCCAGGACACGCUCACAGGCGCCGUGGAACAGGAGGGGGGAAUUCCCUCCCUGUGGGACGGCUUUCCGCCCCUGCUCGUCCGACAGGUGCUGUUCGGCAUGAUGAAAUUUCUGGUCUUCGACUCCGUCGGGAUAGCCAUCUUCACGGCGGCGCCCUUCCUUCGCGAAAGCGUGGCUUCCUCACUGGCCGUGUCCCUCUUUAGCGGGGCCGUGGCCGGAGUUGCCUCCGCCAUCGUCUCUCAACCAGCCGACACCAUCCUCUCGAGAAUGAAUGCCGAGGCCCGGCCCAGUGUGAUGGAAGCCGUCUCCUCCAUCCUCGCAGAGAGGGGCGUCCAGGGCUUGUUUGUGGGGCUGGGCACUCGUUGCCUGUGGUCGGGGAGCAUCAUCAGCGGGCAAUUCUUGCUUUAUGAUGUGUUCCGUAACCUUUUGCACGUGACAAGCGAGGACCUGGCGCAAUACAUGGAUGUUAUCGGCUCUUUCAGCAAUUGAGGGAGGGGAAUGAGAAGUCGGGAAGUAGAAAUGGAAGGUGAACCUUCGCCAUCGGAAAGGAGCGAGAGCAGGAUCUUGUAUACAUAAGAAAGCGGUCAGAAAUAUGGCGUUCACGAAAAGAACAAUCGAAAGUCUGCAUGGUGUC